AUGGCCAAGUUGUGCAGCUCGAUACCGAGGAUGGUCACCACCGACCUGGAGUGUGUUCAGAGAAUGGUGGCAUUGACCGAAUCUCUCGGUGUGCCCCGGGGAUCCGGAAUGUUCAGGCAUGCUCUCAGUGCUGUCGCAUUCCGCGACAAGAAGCAGAUCGCAGCCAAAGUGGAUCACCUGAAGAAGACGUUAGGGUGGUCGGAUGCCGAGGUGAGCACUGCUCUGCCUAAGGCCCUGUUUUUGCUCGCCAAGUCGAACGAAUCACUGCAGCACAGCUCCGAGUUCCUCAUGUCUGAGGUGGGAUUGGAACCGGCGUACAUUGCUCAUCGGCCAGUAAUUCUCUGUUACAGCCUAGAGGGCCGGAUGAGACCUCGGUACUACGUUGUAAAGUUUCUCAAGGAAAAUGGAUUGCUCAAGCACGACCCGAGCUACUAUACUGUUUUCAAGGAGACCGAGAAGUAUUUCGUGGGGAAGUUCAUAUACCCUCACAAGGAAGCUGCACCACACCUUGCUGAAGAUUAUGCUGCAGCUUGCGGAGGGGAAGUGCCCGCUAGAUUCAGAUUUACAUGA